AUGGCAGAAGCUCCUGAUUUAGAGGAUCUUAUUGCAACCCUCUCCGGCAAUAUUGAUGACCUUGAAGGUGGUUUGCUUCCCAUCCUCAAGUCAUCGGUAUCCAAGUCAUCGAGCAAACUUCCGCUCCUGGACAAAGCUAAACUUUAUGUCCUCAUCUGUUAUACAAUCGAGUCUAUCAUCUUUUCCUCCUUGCGUCUCUCCAACGUCAAUGCCAAGGAUCACCCAGUAUUCCAUGAGCUUGCAAGGGUACGACAGUAUUUCGAGAAGAUCAAGGAUGCCGAAGCUGGGCCUACAAAAAAGAGGGAAAACAUGAGCUUGGAUAAGGCGGCGGCCGGUAGAAUUGUUCGUCAUGCUCUUUCCGGGAAUGAUCGUUUAGAUCAGGAGAGGAAGAUGGUGGCUCAGGAAAUGGGGGCCGCAAAGGCGAAGCUAGCUGAACUAGAGGCGAAGAUGGCCAACAGUGAAGCUUCCGGAUCCGAAGAUUCUACAGGAGGCCAUCACAACCUGCCCUCUGAUCAGAAUCUUAGCCGGAAGAGAAAGAAAGCCAGCGACAUGUGGGAUGAUUCUCAAUCCGCCCACAACAGGGACAGCAAUACGGAUUCUGCAGCGACGUUUGAGAAGGGCACUUCAUCCAAGAGCGCGAAACGUUCAAAGUCCGGGAAAGUGCCUCGUAGCGCUCAUGCAACCUUUGAAGCCCUCCUGAAAGGGCCGGCCAAAGAUGCCGAUCCUUCCAAGAAAUCAAAAAAGGGCAAGAAAUCUUGA